CUAUUUAACUGCAUUUCAAAGCACAGCAGAAACCGAAGAUGUAUAACGGAGUUCUUCAAAAUUCCAGAGGAGGGAUGUCCAGCGACUUUGCGAGCUCCGCGGAGUAUGGACUCAUGCUCUCGAGACGGAUAUAUUAUGGCAAGGAUGUGAAGAUGCCUCCGUUGCCGGAGCCCGUGCCGGCGAAAUCUUCUCCAGACAGUUUGCUUCCCACGGCAGUGAUGGUUUACGCGGCGGUUUCGGAGCCUGCCUCGGUGGACAACCCGGACGUUCCGAGCUACCAACCAUACGUUCACGGGAGGUGCGAACCGCCUGCUCUGGUGCCGCUGCAUAUGCGAGGCGUCCAGAUGGAAGUCGACUGCUGGCUGGACACAGCCUUCUUGACGGUUAAAGGUGAAUGGCGCGUGCAUUGCAUCAAGGCUGGCGAGAGGUGCGAUUGCUGCAUUGCGGUGCCAUUGGGAGAGAAGGGUUCACUUCUAGGUGUUGAGGUUGAUAUUCAUGGAAGUGGAAGAUCAUAUAAUACCAUAUUGAAGACCACAGAAGAUGUGAAAGACCUCCAAAGAGUACCUGGAGGUGGAUAUGGAGGCUUUUUGAAGUCUCACAUAUAUACAGUAAAGAUACCAUUGGUUGGAGGAGGCUCUCUUCUUUCAAUCAGAGUUGAUUGGUCCCAGAGGUUGUUGUACCAGGAUGGUCAAUUUUUGGUCAAUGUACCUUUUAGUUUCCCAGCAUAUGUCAUUCCUGUUGGGAAGCAACUUUCUAAGAGAGAAAAGAUACUCUUAAAUGUGAAUUCUGGCAUUGGCAGAGAAAUUUUAUGCAAAUGUACUAGUCAUCCGUUGAAGGAGAUAAAUCACAAUGUUGGGAAGUUAAGUUUCUUGUACGAGGCAGAAGUACCAGCAUGGUCAAAUGUGGACUUCAGUUGUUCAUAUAGUAUUUCUUCAAAUGACUUUACUGGUGGUGUGCUCUUGAAAUCUCCAUCUGUACUCGAUUUUGAUGAAAGAGAGAUGUUUUGCCUCUAUCUGCUCCCAGGAGCUAAUCAGCACAGGAAGGUGUUCAAAAGAGAAGUGAUUUUUCUGAUUGACAUAAGUCGGAGCAUGGAAGGAGCCCCUCUUGAUGAAGCAAAGAAUGCACUGAUAGCUACAUUGUCUAAGCUCAAUCCACAAGAUUCAUUUAACAUUCUUGGCUUCAAUGAGGAGAUCUAUUCAUUUUCCUCAUCUAUGGAGUUGGCUACCCAAGAAAAAAUUGCAAAUGCUACUCAAUGGCUCAGUAACAAUUUACUAGUUGGUGAUGGAACCAACAUUUUGCUUCCCCUUCAACAGGCAAUGAAGCUUUUGGGAGAAACUACUGAUACAAUUCCUUUAAUCUUCCUGAUAACGGAUGGGGCUGUUGAGGAUGAAAUAGAAGUUUGCAAUGUAAUGAAAAGCUACCUCACAAGUGAAAGAUCAACUACUCCUCGAAUUUGCACAUUUGGCAUUGGUUUAUAUUGCAACCAUUACUUCUUGCAAAUGCUAGCCCAACUUGGACGGGGACACUAUGAGAGUGCAUAUGAUGCAGAUUCAGUUGAAUUCAGAAUGCAGAGAUUAUUUACUGCUGCUUCUUCGGUCAUUGCAGCCAAUAUAGUGGUGGAUGCAUUGAAACACCUUGAUUCCAUUGAGUUGUUUCCAUUCCUUACUCCAGACCUUACAUCUGGAUGUCCAUUGAUUAUAUCAGGUAGAUAUGAAGGAGACUUUUUAGACUCUGUUAAAGUAAGUGGUAUCAUGGGAGAUAUGAAUGAAUUCACAACUGAGCUAAAAGUGCAGAGGACAAAGGAAAUACCUCUUGACAAGGUUCUUGCAAAGAGACAAAUUGAUAUCCUCACAGCUCAUGCAUGGUUCUCAGGAAGUAAAGAGCUUGAAGAAAAGGUUGCAAAAAUUAGCUUACAAACAGGAUUUCCAUCUGAAUACACCAAUAUGGUAUUCCUCAAGUCUGAAAUUGAAAAUGGGAAAAAAGUAGCCGAACCGAUGCUACUAAAAGAGGUACUUGGGAAAAUCAAUCUGCAGAAGAAGAUUGACAUGAGUAGCCAGAAAAUGAUUUUGCUGGGAAGCCUAGGUGUCGGCUUUGGCAACCUGAUUGGAACUGCUAAGAAUUUCCCUCCAGGAAAGGAGGAACCAAAAUCACCUGAAGGUGCACAGAUUUUGGUUAAGGCUGCUACUAGCUGUUGCAGUCGGUUGCUUGAUCGCGUUUGUUGCAUGUGCUUCAUCCAGUCUUGCUCCUACAUGAAUGAUCAAUGCAUAAUUGUAUACACACAACUCUGUGCCGGCCUUGCUUGUUUUGAGUGUCUAAAUUGCUGCUUCGAUCUUUGGGGCUGAACUUUUUGAUGAUGUAUUUAUGCUUUCUUGGACAACCCUUCAAGGAUUAUCGUAAAACUCGGUAGCAUCUCAUAUCAGAAUUAAUAUGCACAUAAUGUAUUAAUCUAUAUAUAUGUACACACACUGUUUAUAAAGGUAUACCUAUCAGUGAUGUAUCACUUCAUGAC